ACAAGUGUUCCUCCUUUACUCGGUCUUUUGCACCACUGGCAGUGUGUUGGUUGAUACUGUUGAUAAUCAUCGGCCUUCGUAUCUACUUUACUGCAGUCAUUUCUGAAAACAAUGCCGGAUUCACUGCAGCAAAACAGAACCUCAUCAUGAAAAUUGAGGAGCUGAACGCACAAAACCAGGAGCUGGAGAUGGACAAGAAUAACCUGACAGAACAAAUACAAAACUUGGAGACAAGCUGGAAGAAGUUCAACACCAGUCGAGCUCAGUGGAGCAUUGAUGAAUACUGCCCGACAAACAAAGGAAAACGUGAAUGUGUACCCUGUCAGAAGGGCUGGGCUACAUCUGGGUCCAACUGCUAUGCAAUUAAUGAUCCUACGAAAUAUGAAUACCUGAGAACCUGGGAAGAAGCUCAAGAAGACUGCAGUGGAAAGAAUUCAGAUUUGGUUGUUGUUGCUACUGAAGCAGAAAAGAACUAUGUUAAUGCUAAUAGUUGGCCUGACGGAAACCUUAUACAAUACUGGAUUGGCCUGAGAGCUGUAGAUGGGAAAUGGAAGUGGAUCGAUGGAAGUGAUCUGACUUAUAACUCCUGGAUGUCUGGACAGUCUGCUGUUGAUGGUUAUUGUGUUGUUUCUAUCCAAAAUCAAGGAUGGAAAUCAGUGAACUGCACUCAGAAGAACCGCUGGAUCUGCCAAAAGAAAGCUUUGUCUGUUUAAACACUGCAGUCAAACUUGAGAAGGUUACUGAACAGUUGGUAGAGAUUCAUUACAUGGAAGAUUGUAUGAACUGUGUCAUGAAUGUCAAAACUAGAUGCUUAUUUAGAGGAAGGAGGAAUGAUGUAUUGUGAUUGUCGUUUUUUUUUCAAAGCCAUAUGUGGCCUUCAGCAUGUUUUCCACAUGUUAGCAUAAAUUAUCACUCACACUCUCAACAUCAGCAUCAACAGAGAUCCAGAGAAGAACAGGACGUAUCAUACUGUGUAAUUUACAAAGAGGAAUAAUGUUUGUCAAAUGUUGCUUCAGAUGUUGAAAGCGGUGUGAUAUGUUCAGAUUAGGUUUCUGAGGAUGAGGCAGAGGCCCUAAUAUUUUUGUUUGUGUUCUGAUGUCUUCAGCCAAGCUUACUGUGGUCAUCUGGGAUCAAAUUCUGUUUCUGAGCAGUAAAAUGAAUCUGGGAGCUUUAAUUUCCUCCUACAAAUGGAGUCAUGCAGGUUUGAAUUUGUUUGCCUGUGUUAGUCUUGUGAUACAACAGUUCCUGGCACACAUGCACCUGCCUUUGUACCUUUGUGUCUAAAUAUUUGUUUUCAUUCUUGCUUGUCAUAAAAAAAAAAAAGAAUAUAAAAAUACAAAUACAUUCAAAAUGUAAAAUUUUGUUUAUGAAAGGGGUCCUUCAUCUCAGCAGAAAGAUAUUUUAUUAUGACAAAAUCUGGAAUGUGA